GCUUGCGGCCAGCACGGCGGCACGGCGGUACGCGGCGUCGUCUGUUCACAAAAUGGUUCGCAGCCGCCGCAGUUAUCGUGAAAUUUCUAAUAUGCGGGUGAAGCCAGUCUCAGCAUGGGCAUCAGUGAGCCUUCUUUCGCCAGGCCACGCCAUAAAAAGGUGCAAAAACGAACCAGGUAUUUUUCGAAGAAGCAGAACUCAAGCCAUCUUCCCCUAACACGCACGGCUCCGCCGCCCGAGUCUCUAAAACGUAAGCACAGCGCAGGCAUGAACUACGAUGAGAAACCUACGCUUCGCAGUGCGGGUGGCUUUCUACGCUGUCACGGUAUACUCGGCCCUGUCCACAGUCCUCAUCUACAUCUUCCUGCAGUGGUUCAACUCCUUCCAAAUCGACGGCUCAGGAACCGACGGGAUCUCCAACCGCACCGCGACCGGACCCUGCGGUGGCGAUCCCCGGAGUCCCUUCAACGUGCUUUCCCGCGACGUGAUGUCGAAGAACGAGAUCGCCCUCCGCGGCUGGUGGCAGGACCACUCCGCGGUUAAGACGGACGUCCAGUGCUUCAACCAGCCGUGGGCGCUGUGUUCGACCGCCUUCUCGAUCACCUGCAAGCCGACCACCAUCCACGCCAUCUACCAGUACCUCGCCUUCCGACGUAAUGUUACCCUCCGAAGUUUUCGCCUCAGCGUUCGGGCGUCUGCCGAGCAGCUUGAAUCCCAGACUGCAGAUUCCUUCGUCGGCGCGAUUGUGCUGGUCAAACUCGGCGACGGCAGCGAGGAGUUCCUCAGGGUCCCAUUCCCGGCGACCACGAGUACGCUGACCCAACGGGACGGGGUCUACACGGCGUCCCGUUCCGACCGGACCGUGAGCAGCGCGACCGUGAUGCUCGGCUGCUACGGUUACGCCGGCACGGUGCACUUCACCGACGUGGUCCUGACGCCGCUAGCUGACCCCGGCAGCCUGAGUUGUCGGGCCAGGGAGCUGCUCGAAGACUGUCCGCCGCCUGCCCGUAGUCCUCACCGGAAGCUGAAGCUGAGGCACGAGCUCAUCCUGGGCAAAGUGAGGUCCCCGUCGAAGAAGCGCCACCUGAACAAGGACGUGGCACUGGUCACCCAGCUGUCGAUGGACAGGCUACCGGUUCUGGAGCACACGCUACAGCAGUGGGAAGGACCCGUGUCGCUGGUCAUCUACGCACCCGUCAAGGCUGGGCAGCCAGAGGGCGAUUGGCAGAAGCUCUACGUGCAGAAAAAGCUGCAGAAGCUGAAGUUGCACCCGGAUAGCCACGUGUCGCUGGCCUACGGGGUUCCCGGUUCGGGCGACUACCCCAUCAAUGCACUGCGCAACCUCGCAAUCCGCCAGACCAACUGCGAGCACCUCUUCCUGGCAGAUGCGGACUUCCAGCCGUCCCCGGACUUCCACAAGCACUUCCUCCUCUCCACAAGGUCCGUCUCCAACACGGACAAGGUGGCAUUUGUGGUACCCGCCUUCGAGUACCUCGAGCUGCCGCAGAAGUCCGACGGAGUGGCCCAGACCAAGGAGGAGCUGAUGCAGCUGCUCCACAGGCAAGACCCCUUCGUGCAACGCUUCCGCCACGACGUCACACCAGACUCGCACCAGAGCACCGACUACUGGAAGUGGUACCGCACCGACCGGCCCUACCCCGUCCGGACGUUCGUGGACAUGUUUGAGCCGUACGUGGUGGUCAAGAACGUGCCCCAGCUGCCGCUGUACGACGAACGCUUCACAGGCUACGGCUCCAACAAGAUGACCCAUACAGCGGAGCUCUUUGCAGCAGGGUACCUCUUCUUCGUGCUUCCCGACGUCUGGCUGGUGCAUGUGCCGCACAAGCCCACGUCCUACUUUGCGCACCACGUGCAAGACCUGCAGCACAGGCUACGCAACAGGGUGCAGCGCUUCGAGUUUGUUGGCGAUGUCAUGCGCAGGUACGGCGUCGGAAGCUGCAAGUGACGCCGUUCGCGCCGACGGAGGCACCUCAAAAACCACUGGGACUGCAGCUUUUUUUUUUCUUCCUCAGUUUGUUUUAAAUGUGCCAUACGGUUGCGAGGGUAUUUUCGCGCAGCUAUCUUCAUGCUUUCAUGUGGACAAUAAGUGAAAAAAGGUGCAGGACGAGCACAGAGUGGACUGGCACAGAAAUACGAGAGCAGCUUUUUGUGAUGAACAUUGAAGUGCAGUGUUAAAUUUUUUAAUUUGUUUUUACCAGUUGUUCAUUUUGGCCUGGUGUUUUAAGGAUGUUUGGGCCACGAGCUCCAAUGACCAGAAAACCACAGAAGCGGCGACGCCACAGGUUUUCAUAGGCUCCAGUGCAGAAGCCAUGAACAUAUUGGAGACAACAGGAGUUAGUUUGGUUCACUGAUCUAAUGUCACAUACACCCGGGGUUGAACAUUUCCAGGUUUCUUUUUGUUGUUGUUCUGUUUUUUUUUUUUUCAAAUUGUGAAGUAAUUUGAAGUUACACUAUACCCGUUUUCACCCCAAAAACGUAGUAAACAAAAAUCCGGCUAUUUUAGGAGCAUUAUUAAUUUCCCCCUUUAUGUAGACAAUCAAGAUAUACAUAGGUACAUUUAAAAUCAGGUACACAUUAUCUUAUCAAGACGUACACAUUUCAGAUGCCAAAAGCAUCACUUCUUUCUUUCGAUGAGCGAAUCUCGCAAGAACUACUUCGUGCGGCGUAUGAAAAAUGCGUAAAACAUACUUCUUUCUUGAGGUGAAAACGAGUAUAGUGUAAACAGCUUAAUUUUCGCGAGGGAUGAAUUUUUACGAAUUUCACUACUUCAAAAGAUAUAGUGAAAAAUUGAUUGCACAAAUAGAUAGACCCAUUAUAAUGAAUACAUGCUUAUCACACCAAACCGUUGAACUUUAUGCCCGCAAGAUGAUUCCGAAACCCAAACUUUACAAAAUAUUGAGCCCGCAAAAAUAAAGUUGUUUAUAGUAUUUGUUAGGGGAAAGCAAAUGUAAAAAGUCUUGUCUAAACUUUGACAAUUCUCUGGAAAAAAAAUCUUGGCGAUACAUCGUCGGAUUCACUCUGAAAGGGUGUAUUCAACACUAUUUGGUCUUUGGCUGCAAGGUAAAACCUCUUAAUUCCAGGAUGAAUGUAGUAUCACUUCUAACUUUUAUCAGGUGUUCGCUCAGUUGACCAAAUUUUACCUCGAACAUAACAUUUCCAUUGGGAUCGCUCAAAGACACGGGAUCCCUGCACGCGUGGCCGAAGCCAAGUACCAGCCUCUGCAAUAGUCAUAUCAUUCAAUUGUCUCCCUCACACUAGCCAGUUUUCUUAAAUUUCAGUGUCUGACAUACCUGAGAAUAAACAUACUCCUCAACCA